CUGCUCUCCGCAGCCGGGCUCCUAGGAGUGGCUGGAGCCGCGGGGCGCUUCUAGAGCCCGUAGAUGAACCCUCCUCCUCUGCCUCCGCCUUCUGCUCGCGAGUCUCCUCCUCAGCGCUGACGGUACAGUGAUAUAAUGAUGGUGGGUGUCACAACCCGCAUUUGAACUUGCAGGCGAGCUGUCCCGAGCCUUUCUGGGGAAGAACUCGAGCAGCAGCAGGCGCGGCGCACAGGCGCUUGGGACCGGGACCCGCGUGCGCCGGCAGAGCAUCCUGCCUCGUCCUCCGGCACCGUCCCGCGCCGCGUCCCGGGCCACCGCGCUUCUAUGUGACCCUCCCCUGCCACGCCGACCACAUUCGCACGGUGCUGCGGUGAAUUUUCCCCCCAAACAGCAAAAAGCCGCCUUUCAAGGACAAGAUGUUGAUAAAUAUCAGAAGCAUCUUAUGGAUGUGCUCAACCUUAAUAGUAACCCAGGCCCUACAUAAAGGGGUUGUGUUUCACUACAGGGCAGCCACCAGCAGAUACACGCUGAACUUUGAGGCUGCUCAGAAGGCUUGUGUGGACAUCGGAGCUGUCAUAGCAACCCCAGAGCAGCUCUUUGCUGCCUAUGAAGAUGGUUUUGAGCAGUGUGACGCUGGCUGGCUGUCUGAUCAGACUGUUAGGUACCCUAUCCGAGUUCCCCGAGAAGGCUGUUUUGGAGAUAUGAUGGGGAAGGAAGGAGUCAGAACCUAUGGCUUCCGUUCUCCUCUGGAAACUUACGAUGUGUACUGUUAUGUGGAUCAUCUGGACGGUGAUGUAUUCCACAUUACUGCUCCCAACAAGUUCACCUUUGAGGAGGCUGCGGAGGAGUGUGAGGUCCAGGACGCCAGGCUGGCGACGGUGGGGGAGCUGCAGGCUGCCUGGAGGAAUGGCUUCGACCAGUGUGACUAUGGGUGGCUGCUGGAUGCCAGCGUGCGCCACCCCGUGACUGUAGCCAGGGCCCAGUGCGGAGGUGGUCUCCUUGGGGUGAGAACCCUGUAUCGUUUUGAGAACCAGACAGGCUUCCCUCCCCCUGAGAGCAGAUUUGAUGCCUACUGCUUUAAACCUAAACAGAAUAUAACAGAGGCUACAACGAUCGAUUUGAAAAUCCUCGCAGAAACUGCAUCACCCAGUUUAUCCAGAGAACCACAAGUGGUCCUCGAUGGAAUGACACCAAUCAUCCCUUUAGUCACUGAGUUACCUUUUAGCACAAAAGAGUUCCCUCCUGCAGGGAAUAUGAUCAAGUUUGGGCAGAAAGCCACGGUCCAAACUCAGGCUGUCACAAACCUCAUAGCCACUGUAGCACCUACCACUCAUGCUGAGAGUGUGGAGAGGCCUUGGGAGAUGGACUACUACUCACCUUCUGCCUCUGGACCCCUUGGAAGAGCAGAUAUAUCUGAAAUUAAGGAAGAAGGACUCCAAAGUACAACUGUCGUCUCCCAGCAUGCCACUGAUUCUUGGGAUGAAGUAGUGGCAGACACUCAAACACAAGAAUCUGUGACACAGGUUGAACAAAUAGAAGUGGGUCCUUUAGUAACAUCUAUGGGAAUCUCGAAACACACUCCGUCCGAGGAAUUGUCUGUAACCGAAGCAACAUUUGUAUCCACAGAAAUAAAACUGGAAUCCAAAACUGAAGAUACAACUGUAAGCACUAUUCCUGAAUUGGUGAGCACAAACCACUAUGGAUUCACCUUGGGAGAAGACGGUAGGGAAGACAGAACACUUACAGUCAGAUCCGAUCAGAGCACCUUGGUCUUUCACCAAAUACCAGAGGUGAUUACAGUAUCAAAGACUUCAGAGGACUUGAAGUCAAUGUCAGUACCCACAGUUGUUUUACCUGUAACUACCGCUGACCAUGAUGGAUCAUCCACAGACAGCUGGGAAGAGAAAGAAACAAAUGGUCUAGUAACUGAAGAUAUGUUUGGCCCAUCUCUGUCUACUACACCUUUCCCAUUGCAGCAUCUUACAGAAGUAGAAUUAUUUCCUCAUUCUGGUGAUAAAGUAUUAGUAGAGGGAAUAUCCACAGCUGUUCAUCCUUCAGCACAGACAGAAAUGACACAAGGGACAGAAAGAACAGAGACACCAAGACCAGAGGGGAGAACUGACAUUUAUACACAUUUUGGGAUACAAGAGAAAGUCACAAAAGAGCCCUUUACAGGAAACAUGGAAGAAGAAUUCUCUGGGAUGAGGGUCUCUACAUCCUCCUCAGAGAAAAUCCAUUUUACAGAAUCUUCUGUGGAAAUGACCAAAGCUUUUGAUUCCCCAGCAUUGACAACAACAGAGUUAGGUGUGAAGCCAACAGUAGCAGGAGAUAUGGUGGAAGAAAUGGUGCAAACUGUUGGUAGACCAGAUGCCUCUCAAGAUACUCCCAGGCAUGAUGAAGAUGUUACAGCAGUACAUGAGACCCACAGUCUUUCAAGUGUGGAGGUGGUCACUGUAUCAAAAUGGUUGUGGGAUGAGGAUAAUGCAACAUUCACAUUUUUAGAGUCCACAGGACAGACAAGCUCUCCAAAACAGCCCUCUCUCUUAGUUACCCCUAGGGGAACAAAUGGAAAGGAUGAUGAAUUACCAGCUUCCACAGAAAAUGGAAGAGAUGGAUUUACUCAUUUUGCAGACAGUACUCAAAAGCCAAUAGAAAAAUUUGCUGAGGAAGACUUGACAGAUGAUAGGAAAGUCACAGUGAAAUUACAGCCAACUACAUCAAUAGUUAUUUCAGAAAAGUCUACCUUGAGAGAUUCUGUAACUGAAGACAGAGUUCCACCUACCACAAGCACAGAAGGCCAAGUUAUUUCUUCCACCACAGAAGGAAGUGCAUUGGGUGAAGGAGAAGAUGUAGAUGUCUCUAAGCCAUUGUCUACUGUUCUCUCAUUUGCACAUACCUCGGAUGUGGGAGGAUUGGCAUUUAUGAAUUAUAGUAGCACGCUGGAACCCACUACUUAUGCAGACAUUUCCCACACCAUUCCUCUCCCGGUGAGUCCCAAGACAGACUGGGGAGAGUUAGCUCCUCCUGCUGUGUCAGAAGGUGAGGUUCUCACUGAACCCUCUGAAGAAGUCAUUGAACAGCCUCACCUGGAAGCAACAAUGGCUCCUGAAACUUUGAGAACAACAAUGGAAACCAUGCAGGAAACAACGCAAGAGGAAUUCAUUUGGGAAGAACGAACAGCCAGGAGACCAGAUCAUGUUCUCACCUCUACUGCAGCUGUGUCCACAGAGGCAACAACGCUGCUGGACGAAGGUGAGGGUGAAGGGUCAGCAUACAUGGUCCCAGAAGGUCAAUUGGUCACAAGUGUUGAGAGAGUCCCAGUUUUAACAACAACUCCAGUUGGGAAAAUGGAGCAUCCAACUGCGACUGUAACUGAGCACAAAGUGGAACUGGAGGAAAUGGUCACAAUAGUACCGAGCACCAAGCCGGAAGUAUUUCUAAGUCCAGAGCCUGAAGAAAAAUAUGAAGCCGAAAGUAGUACUCCAACACAAUUCACAUCACCCUCAAGUCCCUUUGGCACCCGUGUCACCCCACUUACAGAGGAAAUCACUACUGAGAAAAGGGAGAAAACAUCCCUGGAUUAUAUUGAUUUAGGAUCGGGAUUAUUUGAAAAGCCUGAAGGCACAGAAUUACCACAGUUUUCAACAACUAAAGCAGCAGUUCCAAGUGAUAUCACUCCUGCAUUCGAUGCAGUAGACAGACGUCACCCAACUUCAGCAUUCACGCCAUCUUCAGUGCCCACUGAGGAACCAUCUCUCAUCGACAGGGAACCUAGAGAGGGAACCACUCAGGACAUGGUGCUCCUUGGAGAAUCCACAUCUCACCCUUCUUCCACUACCCUUGCUGAUCUCAUAGCUAAGGAAAGGGAAGCAGAUAUCGACAGAGAGUAUUUCAAGACUGCAAGUCCUCCUUCUACACCACCCCAAAGACCACCCACAGUGGAAGGCAAAGAGGCCUUCAGACCUCAGGCAAUUUCCACUCCACAACCCCCAACGGGGACAAAAUUCCAUCAUGACAUAAAUGUGUAUAUUAUUGAGGUCAGAGAAAACAAGACAGGUCGAAUGAGUGAUUUGAGUGUAAGUGGUCAUCCAAUAGAUUCAGAAUCUAAAGAAGAUGAACCAUGUAGUGAAGAGACAGAUCCGGUGCAAAGUCUAUUUGAUGGAAUUUACCCUGGGAUAAUUGAAAUAAACCUAUACAACAGUGAGGAGGAUGGAGGGGAGGACGAAGAUUGUGCAAACGCUACUGAUGCAACCACCACCCCAUCUGUGCAGUACAUCAAUGGGAAACACCUUGUCACCACUAUGCCCAAGGAUCCAGAAGCAGAAGAAGCUAGGCGUGGCCAGUAUGAAAGUGUGGCACCUUCUCAAAAUUUCUCAGACAGCUCUGAAAGUGGUGCCCAUCAGUUUGUGAUACCAGAAACAGAAUUGUCUAUGGCUUUGAAACCUAAUGAAUCUAAAGAAUCUGCUGAAUUGCUGGAAAUUACGUGGAAACCUGAGACUUACCCCAAAAUGUCAGAAACUUUUUCAAGUGGUGAGCCUGAUAUUUUCCCUACAGCCUCAUUCCACGGGGGGAAAAGCCCAGAGGGGGUAGAGUUAAUCACAGAGAAAGGUCCUGGACUUGAAAAUCUGGUGCGUGGAAAUCCUGAGCCUCUACCUCUGUUUCCUGAAGAGUCUUCUGGAGAGGUUGCCAUUGACCAAGUAUCUCAGAAAAUGGUGUUCUCAAGGGCUACAGAAGUAACACUGGGUGAAGAGCCAGAAAAAAGUACUACUUUAACACACACUCCAAGCAGUAUAGUUCCAAGUUCUCCAGAUCCUAUGGCACCAGAGGGCUCAGUUACCCUAACGGAAAAUCUGCACCCCUUGUCUACUACAGAAAGCUGGGUUGAAAUAACCCCUGGCCAAGCUGCAGAGCACUCAGGGAGUUCUUCACUUCCAUUUCUUGAGGGCUCUGGGGAAGUAGAAGAAUACACAGGUCGAAUGUUCACCAUGGCAGCUGAUUUAUCACAGAGAAAUACUACAGAUGCACUCAUCACUUUAGAAACUAGCAAGGUUCUGAUCACAGAAGGCAUUUCUGAUGUUGCUGUGACCACCGUUUAUUCCAGUUCUGAGCAUUCUUCUGCAGCAGUGGUGUCUCCCAAAUUUGUAAGUGAAAUAGAUACUUCAACGUGGGUUUUCAGUACAGCUCUUGAGGGAAAGGAAAAGAAAGAGAAGGCAGAAGAAGAAGAAACUACUGGUACAGCACCUGCAAUUGAGUUACUGUCACCAACACAGAGAUCAGAUCAAGUUGUUUCAUCCCCUGAGUUAGAAAGUUCAGAUAUAGCUACCUCUAGUGAUUCAGACAUCCAGCAGAGUUUUCUGCCCUUGACAACACCCACACCGUCUGAAAGUGCAAUGCUGAGCUCCCCCCUUUUCUUUACAGAGCCGGAGUUUUUAGUUAACUCAGGGGCGCAGCCCUCUGAGCAUAGUGGUAGCAGCCGAGCUGGGAUCCAGGAAGGGCUGACCACUCUCCCAGAGAACCUCGUCUCUCUCUUUAUGGAGCAGGGCUCUGGGGAAGCUUCUGUGGACCCAGGGACCACCACCCUUUCUUCAUUUUCACUGAAGUUAGAGUCUGAAACUCAAACCACAACAGAAGCGGUAAGCAUUUGGUCUCCCCGGGUGGGAACCACAUUCUCCUCUGAAUCAGCAGGACAAGUUUUGACCACUGUAAUGGGCAGAGAAGUUGCUGAAACUAUAAGCCCAGCAUCCAAGGGAAAAUUGAUUUCAGAACUACCAGAAGGACCAAAUCAUGGGGGAGAAAGAAAGGGCUUCUCUACAAGUUUUCCUUUGGAGGAAGAGUUCAGUGGUGACUUUACAGAGUACUCCCCAGUGUCUCAUCCCAUAACAAAAGAAGACCCCGCAAUGAUGGAAGGCUCUGGAGACACGGGUUCUACAAAUAUCCAGAUUUUACCAUCUGCGGUGUCUUCUUCAGAGCACACCCAUCAUGGUUCUGACACAGAACGGCCCAGCAGUACCACGGUCAGCACCUCAACCUUCUUCUGGGAAGAGCUCACAGCCUUAGAGAGCUCUGGCGAGCAGCUGGUCGUGGCCAGCAGCUCUGUUGAUCCAGUGCUUCCCACUGCAGUGGAAAACUUCUCUGGUACAGAUUUCCCAUUUAUUGACCAAGGAUUGGAAGAAAUGAGUGUUAUUCAUGAACCCAGUGAAAGCCCCACCAUUUCAUCUAGAGCAGAAGCAGAGAGUACUACAGAGCCAACAGAAAAGGAAGAAGCAAAGGUCAGUGGCACAGUUUCAGUGGGCUUUCUCCAAACAACAGAGCCAGCCAAGUUAUGGGCCAGGCAAGAAGGUGAGCCCUCAAGACAAGGGGCUGAAGGUGAAACAGCCUCAGAGGGGAAGACUCAAGAACAUGCAUCUUUUGAAUCAACCCAUAGCUCUCUUGCACCAGAGCAAACGACUUUUUAUUCACAAGCUUUAACUGAAACUGGACUCCAAGCUACAGAUUAUUCUACAAAGGAAACGUACAGCACUGAUAAGCAAGUGGAAGAGGAAGGCGUUUCCUCAGUCCUCUUCUCUACACUGAGACCAGACACAGAGGCCUUAGAGUCACCCACUCCUCUCCCUGAGGCUGCUGAAAGGUCAGAGUUUUACUCAGCUUCUGCUUUUGUGACUGAAUCUACACCAGCUGAAGGUGUGGUCACAGAUUCAUUAAUUAAAGAGGAAGAAAGUAUAAAACUCUUUCCCAAAGGUGUGAGACCAAAUGUUAAUGAUUUGGGGACUGAGCACUUAUUUUCUGGACUGGGAUCAGGAGAAGAAAUUUUGCCUACUCUGCCUACAGUGUCAGUGAAUUUUACUGAAAUGGAACAAAUCAUUAGCACAUUAUAUCCCCAGACUCCUCAAGCGGAAAAUUUAAAAACAAGUGUCUUAAGUGAAAAAGUAGAAGACCAUGAGAGAAUGGAAAAUGUGAAAAAUGAAUUUGGACCCCUCCUUUUCAAAACAGACAUCUCCAAAUCUGUUGAGGCAGUAGCCAACACAACCUUACCAGAAGUUUUAAGCAGCACUGGAGCAGAAGCACCAACUCCAGCACCUGCCUCUUUCUCCACAGACAUCGAGCAUCCUCUCAGUAAGACCCUCAGAUGGUCAGAAGAAGUCCAGACAUGGAGACCACAAGUUGUAACUGAACAAAUCUCUCCUGAGAAGUCUUUGGGAGCAGAAACUAAAGAAACACCAACUUCUUCCACUGUUUUUCUAGUGAGAACUCAUAGUCUUGAAAUGGCCAAAGAAUUUGUUACAUCAGCACCAAAACCAUCUGAUUUGCUUUAUGAACAUUCUGGAGAGGGAUCCGGAGAAUUAGAUACUCUUGAGUUAGUCCAUACUUCUGGAACUACUCAGGCAAGCAGGCAAGGGGGCACCACAUUUGUUUCUGACAGAUUCCCGGAACAGCAUUCAGAAGUCCCAGGCACUGAAGCUGGAACUGCCCAUGCACCUCCCCCAGUGUCCACAGAGCUGCCUCUCCAUUUGGAGCAGAGUGAAAGCAUCCCUGAUGCACCUAGCACCCCAGUAGACACAGAAUCACCCCAGAGUCCCACGGAAGAUGGCACAGAUAGUUUUCAAGAUCACUUUGUGAGAUUUGAGGAUUCUACCUUAAAACCUAACAGAAGAAAAGUCACUGAAAAUAUUAUUAUAGAUCUGGACAAGGAGGGUUUAAUGUUGACCAUUACAGAGAGUCCCAUCCUUGAUAUUCUUGAGCUGAGAGACACAACUACUAUCAUAGAUAUUGAUCACACAAAACCUGUAGAUGAGGACAUCCUUGGAAUGCAGACAGACAUAGAUCCAGAGGCACCAUCAGGACCACGUGGUGGAAAUGAAGAAAGCAUGCAAGCCACCCAAGUUCAAGACCAGCGUGAGGCAGCUGGCAACCUUUCUUUAACCGAGGAAGCAUUUGAGGGCUCUGGUGACAAUCUCCUGACUAGCUACACUCAGGCAACAGGUAAUGAAACAGCAACUUCUGAGGACAAAAGCCAAUUAGGUCACAUGGGCUUUAACUCUGCAACUGAAAUCUCUGUCCCUAGCAUGGAAACAGAAUUAGAUAUUUUACUUCCCACAGUAACAUCCCUGCCCAUGCCCAGUAAAUCUGCCACAGUUCAUCCAGAGAUCAAAGAAGCAAAAAUAGAAACAACAGGCCUGGAUGACAUAUUUGAAUCAAGCACUUUGUCUGAUGCUCAAGCUAUUGCAGACCAAAGUGAAGUAAUAUCAACAUCAAGUCAUUUGGAAAGGACACAGGAGGAGUAUGAAGAGAAGAAAUAUGUAGGUCCUUCUUUUCAGCCAGAAUUCUCUUCAGGGUCCGAGGAGUUAUUCAUAGACGUCACUCCCUAUGUAAGUAUCACUCAUGUCCACCUCAUGACCCAGAGUUUAACAGAAGCCCCUGAUGUGCUGGGAAGACCCAGCCCCUCCAUAGCUCUUCCAGCAUUUGAAGAGCUGUCUCCACAGACACCAUCCUCUCCAUUACCUAUCUCCCUGGGCAGCGGAGCAUCAGAAUCUACAGAGGUUCCUCAGCCAACUGUCCUGCUAGGUACAGACGUCAGCUCAACUCCGAUGUCUCCAGAGCAUCCUUGGAACAAUCUUCAAACAACUUCUGAAGCCACUUUCAAACCACUGAGUGAAGAGCAAGUCCAUGUAACCGAGCCUCCAUCCUCCUCCCCUGACACAAAACUUUCUGAAGAUGAAAGCAAACCCAAGUUAUCAGAAGUGGAAAUUCCUCCCACAGAACUAGUAACUGAGGAGGCAACUGAGGCUUCCCAAGACCCCACAAACAAAGACAGUGGUCAGUUUUCUGGAGAAACAACCGAGGUGUUUCCAAGAUUUCGAACCCCUGGAGUUGGAACUGUUCCUACAGCUGCCGGGGAGCCUAAGUUAGAAGGUGCCACACAGUGGCCACAUUCUACUUCCGCUUCUGUGUUUUCCGGGGUUAGGGCAGGUGUGGUGCCUCAGCCCAGCCCACAGACUUCUGCGAGCCCCACUGUUCCUUAUUCUUUGGAAAUGAACUCUGAAACACAUGCAGCAGCUUUCAUCCGAGGGGAGGAUUCCACAGUAGCAGCACCAGAAAAGGAAGUGCCAGCCAGAAUUCUUGAUUCUAAUAAUCAGGCUACAAUAAGCACUGUGGAAUUAAACACUGAACUCACCUCACCAUCAUUUUCCCUUCUGGAAACUUCUAAUGAAACUCAUUUCCUGAUGGGCAUUCACGAAGAGGCCGUGGAAGGCACAGCUAUCUAUUUACCAGGACCUGAUCGGUGUAAAACCAACCCGUGCCGAAAUGGGGGCACUUGCUACCCCACGGAAAUGUCCUACGUGUGCACCUGUGUGCCAGGCUAUAGCGGAGACCAGUGUGAACUCGAUUUUGAUGAAUGCCACUCUAACCCGUGUCGGAAUGGAGCAACCUGUGUUGAUGGUUUUAACACAUUUCGGUGUCUCUGCCUGCCAAGCUACGUUGGCGCACUUUGUGAACAAGAUACCGAGACCUGUGACUACGGCUGGCACAAAUUCCAGGGGCAGUGUUACAAGUACUUUGCCCACCGACGCACGUGGGACGCAGCUGAGAGAGAAUGUCGUCUGCAGGGUGCCCAUCUCACCAGUAUCCUGUCACAUGAAGAGCAGAUGUUUGUGAAUCGUGUGGGCCAUGAUUAUCAGUGGAUUGGACUCAAUGACAAGAUGUUUGAGCAUGACUUCCGCUGGACCGAUGGUAGCACAUUGCAAUAUGAGAACUGGAGACCCAACCAGCCAGAUAGUUUCUUUUCUGCUGGAGAGGACUGCGUGGUCAUCAUUUGGCAUGAAAAUGGCCAGUGGAACGAUGUCCCUUGCAACUACCAUCUCACCUAUACCUGCAAGAAAGGAACAGUUGCUUGCGGCCAGCCCCCUGUUGUAGAAAAUGCCAAGACCUUUGGAAAGAUGAAACCUCGUUAUGAAAUCAACUCCUUGAUUAGAUACCAUUGCAAAGAUGGUUUCAUUCAACGCCACCUUCCAACUAUCCGGUGCCUAGGGAAUGGAAGAUGGGCUAUGCCUAAAAUUACCUGCAUGAACCCAUCCGCAUACCAAAGGACUUAUUCUAAGAAAUACUUUAAAAAUUCCUCAUCAGCAAAGGACAAUUCAGUAAACACAUCAAAACACGAGCAUCGUUGGAGCCGGAGGUGGCAGGAGUCCAGGCGUUGAUUCCUCAAAUGGCAAACAUAGGUUUUCAUCAUUUCAGCCAAAGUCCUAACUUCCUGUGCCUUUCAUACCACCUUGAGAAGUGUUAUCCGUUGGUUCUGAAUUUGUGGACCACCGUCCGGUCAUUUUGGGUUGCUGUGCUCCCAAAACGUUUUCAGUGAAAGUAUUGGCAUCCAAAAGGGAAGCAAAACGAAACAAAAGCAGACGAGGGCAGAGAGUAACCAUUUCCAGCCUGUCUCAUGUUGUUAGCGCUCGCUUUGCCUUCGGCGCACAUCAUUUCGUCACGUCUACCAGCCUACUGUACUAUUUAAAAAGCUCCAUUUCAGCACCGGUGGCCAUGUAAAUAAGAUGAUUUAAUGUUGAUUUUACGCCUGUAUAUAAAAUAAAAAAGUCACACUGAAUUCGGGCAUAUUUAAUGAUGAUUAUGGAGCCUUCCAGGUCUUUAAUCAUUGGUUCGGCUGCUUAGGGGUAGUUUCUUUAGGUUGGAAAUGGUUUCAUCUGCCCUUUGGCUGGCAGCAAGGCGGAGGACAGCUUUCCCUGGACAAGUAGCAAACAGUCUUGUUGGUCACUGCACGUCGCGGCUAUCUGUGCAGUUGGCUCCCAUGUGACACUGAAGCCUGGCUAAUGAUCCUGAGGAACGAGGGACUCCAACGUGGAAUUCUUUGCUGCAACCCUUUCCCUUCAGCGUACAUGCAAGGCCUGAAUGGAGGACUUUUCUAUGACCAGGAGCAUUUUUUUAGGGGACAAAGUGCUAAUUAUUAACUCAACCAGGUCUACUUUGUACUGGCUUUCAUAACAAUAACUCUGGUAAGACUGCAUAGGGAUCAAGACAUUUUUCAUGGGUAGAGACCGUGGGUUCAGGAGGGUGGGGGAUGGUUAAAACAACACACAUGCAAAAAAAAAAAAAAAAGCAAUUUUGUAUAUAUAACCAUUUUAAUCUUUUAUAAAGUUCUGAAUGUUUGUGUAUGAAUGCUGCAGCUGUGAAGCAUACAUAAAUAAAUGAAGUAAGCCAUACUGAUUUAAUUUAUUGGAUGUUAUUUUCCCCAAGACCUGAAAAUGGAUAUAGUACGCUAGUUAAUUCUCAGUGUUAGCUUUAUAUUUUCCUCACACAGUUCAGAACCGUAUAAUGUAGGUACUUUGUCCCUGAUUAAAUAAUGUGAUGGAUAGAAGACAUUAAGUGCUUAUUAUGGAAAGAGUGGAAAAGUGUGUAGCUUUCAGCAAGUGGUGUUUGGCCAUUCUAAGGUUAUGUAAGGUUAUUGAAAGGUUAUGUAGUUUGGCCAUAAUCUGAUUCCAUUUGGUUUCUGUGUAGGAGUAGCCUGGGCAUUUCGUCCCGUUAGGUGGAGUGUAUGUGUUGAAAUUUCUCCUCAACUCCUCCCACUCUGUUUUCUCCCUUCUAUUUGAAUAAAGAGACUGCUGAAGAUGACUUUGAAUCAUUAUCCACUUAAUUUAAUAGUUAAAGAAAAAUCUGUAAUGCAAAGAAAGCAAGAAGAGUAGGCAACAAAUUACAUGCAAAUAGAAAUGAUAAAUGCUUGAAGAGAGAGAGGUUUAACCUCAGUUAAACAGUACACAGUGCUCACAAGUAUUGAAACAUCGCAGGGUACCCCACCGUUAUAUAUCACUUUUGUGUGCUUAUGUAUCAGUUAAAAAUUUAAAGAUUGUUUUUAAAAAGGAGAAAACUAGACAAAAAGCAGACAUGUUGGCACAACAUGGACUCUCAUGAAACCUCCUUUGGCCCAGAAAGGAGAACUGAAGCUCACAAUCGUACACAGUAUAUUUCAGCAGCCCCCUUGGCAUCCUCAUUAAAUGAAUCUGCCCUUAGGUGUUGUAGCACACACACAAACACUGUGUUGACUUACUAGGUCUUUAUUUUUCCCUUUUCAUUACAAUGCACAUAAUACUCUCCUGUAUUUAUAUUAUAACAUGUAUAGUGUAAAAUGUGAAUGAUUUUUUUUUGUGAAUGAAAACCUAAAACCUUUGUAACUUUUUAUAUCUGCUUUUAUUUCACCAAAGAAACCUAAAAUCCUUCUUUUA